UAUUUUUCUCGAAAAUAUGUUUCACCAAAAAUAAAUGAACCAAUGUAUAGGAAGAAUUUUAAGUAAACAAAAGUAUAAAUGCGAUGUUAAUCAUCCAGGCUGUGCCAGGCGACCAGAGACGGGAGCAUAAUUCCUACCGAGCACAGUUGGCGUCAGGCACCGGGCGGACCACCCUCCAACCCCAUCUCUGGGGGAGGGAGCAGAAAGGGCGGGAGCGCUGGGCUUUGAGGGCACCAAGGUCAGGGGGGAGGUCCCAAUCAUCCGAACCGUUCCGAGGGCCUCGGAGGGCCCUACUCGCCCGAUCUCGGAAGCUCAGGUUCUGCUACUUCCAGCUGGGCGACCUUGGACUGUGAGACUUACUCGGACCCAGUUUCCUCUGGAGGCCGACGUUGCCAGUGCCGGGAGGGGGCGCAUCAGCGCGAGAGACUGCGGCCUCAGAGAGCUGAGGGUCCGGCCCGAGCCCACUGGACGCUCGGGACACGCCGCAGCCCUGUGAGGCCUCAGGAACCAUCGAAAGGCCUUGACUAGCGCGGGUUCUAAAACGAGGACAAAGCCCGCCCGGAUCUAGAGCGCGCGCGCCGUCGCAGCCAAUGGGACGCCGGAUCAAGACUGAGUGACCGGCGGAUGCAGCCAAUGAGCAUACGCUUUGUUGCGAGGUGGGCCCGGCUCCGGCAUUAUAAAGAGCGCCACGAGUCGGCAUUGUCAGGCGGCGGCACCGCGCGGGCCAGAGCGGGGCUUUGGGUUGGUGGGGUCGGUUCGGCGGCAGCGGCUGAGGAGAGAACGCGGUUCGAGCGGCUCCGUCGGUGGACGGAGGCGAGGCCCCGGCGGCGCGAGCUUGACUGCGGCCGAGUCCGCAGCGCCUUCCUCGGCGGGUGGGGACAAGCGGGCUCCGCGGCGUCAUCGGCGGCGAGGAGCCGCCGCGCCCCGGCCUAGCAUGUCGGAAGCGGGUGAGGAGCAGCCCAUGGAGACGGGCGCCACCGAAAACGGACAUGAGGCCGCCCCCGAAGGCGAGUCGCCGGCCGGGGCCGGCACCGGAGUCGCGGCGGGGUCUGGAGGCGGGACCGCGGCGCCCCCGAGCGGGAAUCAAAACGGUGCCGAAGGCGACCAGAUCAACGCCAGCAAGAACGAGGAGGAUGCGGGAAAAAUGUUUGUUGGUGGCCUGAGCUGGGAUACCAGCAAAAAAGACUUAAAGGACUACUUUACAAAAUUUGGAGAGGUCGUUGACUGUACAAUAAAAAUGGAUCCCAACACUGGACGGUCAAGAGGAUUUGGGUUUAUCCUUUUCAAAGAUGCUGCCAGUGUGGAGAAGGUUCUAGACCAGAAGGAGCAUAGGCUGGAUGGCCGUGUCAUUGACCCUAAAAAGGCCAUGGCUAUGAAGAAGGACCCGGUGAAGAAAGUCUUUGUGGGAGGUCUGAAUCCUGAAGCCACUGAAGAAAAGAUCAGGGAAUACUUCGGCGAGUUUGGGGAGAUCGAGGCUAUUGAGCUUCCAAUGGAUCCAAAGUCGAACAAAAGACGAGGUUUUGUGUUUAUCACCUUUAAAGAGGAAGAACCUGUGAAGAAAGUCCUGGAGAAAAAGUUCCAUACUAUUAGUGGAAGCAAGUGUGAAAUCAAGGUGGCCCAGCCCAAAGAGGUCUAUCAGCAGCAGCAGUAUGGCUCUGGGGGCCGUGGAAAUCGCAACCGAGGGAACCGAGGCAGUGGUGGCGGUGGAGGUCAGAGUCAGAGUUGGAAUCAGGGCUACGGCAACUACUGGAACCAGGGCUACGGCUACCAGCAGGGCUACGGGCCCGGCUAUGGCGGCUACGACUACUCGCCCUAUGGCUAUUACGGCUACGGCCCCGGCUACGACUACAGUCAGGGUAGUACAAAUUAUGGGAAAAGCCAGCGACGUGGUGGCCAUCAGAAUAACUACAAGCCAUACUGAGGCGGCGGCAGGAGCAGCGACCGACUGACCGACCGCACACGCUUUGUUUGGAUAUGGAGUGAACACAAUUAUGUACCAAAUUUAAUUUGGCAAACUUUCUAUGGCCUGUCCCAUGUGCAUCUUAUUUAAAAUUUCCCCCCUGGAAAUCACUCUCCUGUUUACUAUUUCCAGAGCUCUAGUUGUUUUAGGCAGCGUGUGGUGUCUCAGAAGCCAGAGCGGCAUUAUGGGCUGAUUUUAUCACCAGGUUACGCAGAACCAGAUUGGAGGGCCUGCUUCCUGCUGCCGUUCUGCAGCCUGGACCUGUGGACCCUGGUUGUAAAGAGUAAACUGAUCUUAGGAAGCCAGUGUCACCUUUUUUCACCUUUUAAUUUUAUAUUAUUUGUGUCAUACAUUUCCUGUAAUGGAAGUGUUAAUUUUACUGUACUUUUUGGUACCUUUUGGGAAUCUAAUGUAUUGUAAGGUAUUUUACACGUGUCCUGAUUUUGCCACGACCUGGAUAUUGAAGCUAUCCAAGCUUUUGAAAUAAAAAUUUAAAAACUCCCAAGCCUGGGUGAAUGUGGAA